ACUGGUGAAGCAAACAAGCAGAGCUUUACGCACGGAUGAAUGUACGAUGUGAAUGACAGACAGACACAAAAGGCUUUAUAAUUAGCUUUAUUUAAAUUCAAAACUCCUUCAGCAUAUCAAAAUCCUCGACCCCGCGAAAAGUCCAGGUCAGAAGAGUUGUCGACACGUCUUCAUUUCUCAAGUUCCCGUUUGGCGGCUCAAUCUUCCGCGACAGAUCGACGUUUUUCAGCGCGAAAAACGAAACAUGACUUAGAAAGUUUAAAUGACGGACUCGACUGUUCUUGGCGUGAUUCUUGGCUCAGUGCUUGGUUUUCUGGCCGGCGCAAUAGUGGUGUGUACUGGAUAUUUCGUUUACGCCAGACGAUCCAAGACAUACAAUCCACAGUCGCGCGAUGUGCGCGCGAAAAUUGAUUAUUACUCGGCGAGUAGUCCUGAAGGUGCUUUUCUCGUCGCGCAAACACGACCAGUUCAAGUACAGCCAAAUGUGUACACGUUGGCCAAGUCCUCGGCGGAAUCAUACCCUGAAAUUACCGAGCUAGAUGAUGGUGAACAACAGAGAAUUCGAAUAACCAGGCCGUAUCAAACUGGCGCUAUUACCACAAUCGACGAAGACGGCGAGGAUGUCCAAGACGGGAGCGAAAGACCGCAAAGUCUUGAGAGCGAGGCCAUGACCGGUGGCCACAAACCCAAGCUAACAAAGCGAAUGAGUUUGCCUACUACCUUAAAAUCAGAUGGAUUAGUUCACCCAAACCCAGAGGAAUUCUUUAGAAAGAAAAGUUCGACCGGCGAGGAGGAAUGCCGGCUUGAGUUCUCGUGUUUUUACGACACGGCAAGUCGUGAACUACACAUCACUGUAAUUCAAGUUGUUGGGAUUUCUACACCAGACGAGAGUUUCCUCCGCCCGCCAAACUGCAGUGUGAAAAUGCGCAUCUUGCCCGAGAUGUUGUCCUGGCAGUGGACGAGGAAAAUUUCUCGAACAACAAGCCCCGCUUUCAACGAAACCUUUAUUGUGCCUGGUUUUGUUCACAAUAAGCUGCGAGAAUGUACCGUGCACUUUGUGGUGUUGGAUUUUGAUCAUGUACAAGACAAUGUUUAUGUGAUUGGAGAAGUUUUCAUGCCGUUAUCUGAACUAAGAGCGAACAGGCUGGAGAAAAUUAUCAAAAGGGUGAACCCACUUUCCUUCUAAAAAUGUUUAAUAACAAUUCUGUCCUAAUUCCGCAACAGAGUGGAGUUUUCAGAACAAGGCCAAUAUGCUAAAUAAACACACAUAAGGCAAACAGGAAAAAAUUCCUUUAAAUUUCAUAGCUCAUUAGCAAUUUAAAAUGCGUGCGAGGCAAAUCAAAGUCGUUGAAAUAAUCUCAACGUUGUAUUUAUUUACGAAACAAGACUUAAAAAUUUAAUGUUAGCAAUGUAACAGUUACAAUUUGGGCAAAGUUUCUCUUUAUUUCAUGUGUUACAUUCUUUCAAGGGGUUUUUAUAAUAUCUGAAUAAGAAUUUGCUGUGUAAAUAUUAUUUAGAUCUUCACCUGGUUUAGUCAAGCGAAACUUCUAUGUUGUAGUUUUGUCACGCAUUUCAUCAUCCAACUAUCUGCUGUUAAAAAGUGAGAAUUUUGCCUUAACAUUUCUUGAAAACUUUGUUUUCCACAAUACACGGGUACAAUCCUUUGCAAAGAAAUAUUUGUAUCUUUCUAACUUGCAUAUAUUAUUAUAUAUUGUGGCUCACAAUUUGGGUUUUGUUAAUUAGCUGACAGCAAAUAAAAGUCAAAUAAAACAAAAGUAAUUGCAA